UGACGCUUGACCGGCGCGACGACGUUUAAGACGAGCCCAGGAACCGAUCAGAGCGCGUGGCGGCACGUGGAGCUAGCCAAACGUCAUCGUGCCCGAAAGUGAGGAGAUGCCGAGCCGCGGUGCCUGGGGUUCCUCGUCGGCCGCCUGCCCCGUGGCAGCGGGCUGCCUGCUGCUCACCCUCCUGUUGCUGCAACAGCCCCACGCUGUGGAGCCGGCCAAGCGAUUGGACUGCCGGGCCUUCUGCCGCCUCACGGGCUUCCGCUUCAACGCGGGCCUCUGCAAGUGCGGCUACAUGCUCUUCGCUAGCAAGCGCUCGCAGCAGCCCCCUCUGACUUCGGGCUACCUCAGCGGGGGCCAGGACCCCAGCGAAGGCGGCGGCUACCGGAGUCUACCACCUGCCGAGCGCUUUCAGCUUGAAGUCGCGGUGCCCUCGCCCCUGUCGCGGCACCCGUCUGUCAGCAGCUCCGCCCUGUACGGAGGCCACGGUGCGUCGCAUUCCACCGACUCUGCUGACCCGGUGCCCGCGACGGCGGCCAGGGCUGCGGCCGCGGCGCUCCUAGGACACAAGCCCGAUGCCGGACCCGACGCCGAUGACGCCUACUACCGCUGACUGUGGCCCCGGAACGACUACGGAACACGACCGGAGGCCUCGAGCGUCGAGGACCAGUACUGAAGGGAAAGCUCCCUUUGCUCCGUUCCACUGAAACAAGUGCGCAGAGAAACUUGGAUCAAGGCAGAAAACCAUGGGCAAUGGAUGAACCCCUUCCAAGUCUCCCAUCCGGCAGUGACAUGGCAUUGUCCUUCAGUGCUCAAAACCUGCCCUCAAGCCCACAUGUUGACUCCAUAUGUCAUUUGUGAAAUAAAACCCAAGCAAAAGAAA